GGCGGGCGCCGGACCCCCAGGCAGAGCGGCGGGCGCCGGACCCCCAGGCGGAGCGGCGGGCGCCGGACCCCCAGGCGGAACGACAGGUCUCAGGCCCCCAGGCGGGGGUGGCGGGCACCAAGUCACCAGGCACAACCACAUUGGAUCGUCUGGCUGGACAGCGGGCAUCGGGUCACCAGGCAUCAUGUCAUUUGGCUCGACAGCGGGCACCGCGUCAUCUGGCAAGGCAGUGGGCUCCGAGUCAACUGGUAUGACCGCGGGCACUGGGUCAGACAUUGGAUCGUCUGGCUGGACAGCGGGCACUGGGUCACCAGGCAUCAGGUCAUUUGGCUCGACAGCGGGCACCGCGUCAUCUGGCAAGGCAGUGGGCUCCGAGUCAACAGGCACGACAGUGAGCACCGGGUCAUCAGGUACCGGAUUGUCUGGCUCGACAGCGGGCAUCGGGUCACCAGGCAUCAGGUCAUUUGGCUCGACAGCGGGCACCGGAUCAGGUACGGGAUCAUCUGGGAUCAA